CGCCGGGCCCGCCCCUCGCCGGGGCCGCAUCUAAGUAGUCGCUACCGCCAGCUCAGCGGCUCGGACUCACGGACGCGGCUCGCUAUCAGUUAGCCGCACGAAAGCCGACUCCGGGCGUCGCCAUCCGCACGCCCGCUGCCCGCCGCCCGGUUCAUCCAUGAGCUCAGAUUUCCCACAUUAUAACUUCAGGAUGCCUAAUAUUGGAUUCCAGAAUCUGCCUCUCAACAUAUACAUUGUGGUUUUUGGCACUGCUGUGUUUGUCUUCAUCCUUAGUUUACUCUUCUGUUGCUACUUGAUUAGGCUGAGACAUCAAGCACACAAAGAAUUUUAUGCCUACAAACAGGUUAUAUUAAAAGAAAAAGUAAAAGAACUUAAUUUACACGAGCUCUGUGCUGUGUGUCUUGAAGACUUCAAGCCUCGAGAUGAACUGGGGAUUUGCCCAUGUAAGCAUGCCUUCCACAGAAAGUGCCUUGUUAAGUGGCUGGAAGUCCGGAAGGUGUGUCCCCUGUGCAACAUGCCGGUGCUGCAGCUGGCCCAGCUGCACAGUAAGCAGGACCGUGGCCCCCCUCAGGAGCCCCUCCCGGGGGCAGAGAAUAUUGUAUAGCUCACUGCAAGGACCAGACUGUUGCUGGACACAUCAGUAUGGAGCCAGAAGGAACACAAGCAGACUCCGUUUUGGCUGCUCUCUGCCUGGGGCACCCACUGUCACUUCCUUUGCCUCAUAAAGAACUCUCGAGCCAGGCAAGCUGAAACCCUAGGCAUCUGGAUCUUGUGACAACCAAAGCACCCUGAUAUCACCCUAUGCCAAAAGGAGUGGAUGAACCUGCAGGUUUGGUGUCAGAAGUUUCCUGAGCAUCUCCUGUGUCUCCCAGGCACCUCCACAUCAAGCAAAAGGGAAGAUAAGCACAGGUGUUAGAGACCAGAACUGUGAAUGGGGCUUUGAUGCCACCCCCACCUGUGGACCCAUAAGCUGCUGUGCAGACUUGACAGCCUGUUGUUGCCACAUGUCCUCUUGGCACCCCGAGUCAAGUGAAGCCAGUUGUUCCAUCAGCUGAAGCACAACUGGCUGCCAGGAUUUGGUAAGGCAGCCCUGCAAGGCUUUUUGGGUUCUGUUCUUUUAACCAGGUCAUCUUGGAACCUGAAGACUUUGGAAACAACAGCAGCAGAACCCCUGCCACAUGUGCCAGUUCAUACUUGCUGUCAAAUCUUCCAAGUUGAAGCUAUUGGAAACACUUGGAAAGGCCUGGUCAAGAGCCAUUUCUCUUCUGUUUGCCCUCCUAGUCAUCAGUAAGACCCAGCAGGAGCUUAACCCUGAACCUCCACUGUCCUUGUGUAACCCAGGGGCCAGGGUACUGCUCAAGAACACAGUGUAGUAGGAUUCCAUUACAGCUGCUGGCCUCUGCCCGCUGGCUAAGGAGUCUCUGGCCCUCAGAUGGCUCCAAAGAGCAAAGCCAGUCCUCACCCACCAGGAUGGCCAGGGCAGACACUCUGGCUUCUCUCCUCCUCUCCUUGGCUCUUUUUCUACAUAAGAAAAAUGUCUUACUGCAUUUUAAAACAUGUAUCCCAAAUAAGCUCGCUGUAAUUCGGAAGCCAGUGAGCCACUUGGAGUUGUAAAUAGUGUGGGGAAGCUCCUGCAUGGCCGGCCUUCGGUUGGCGUGGCCCUCGGUUCUGUGACUUGAGAGCCCGAACAGAAGGUGUUUUAUAGGGAAAUGCAUGUUGCUCUUUGGCUCUUCCUGUCCACCUGUUCCAGCGAUAACUGCCUCCAGUGGGCUUCGUCAGCACUGUGAGCUCGCUGUGUAAAGCACAGACUAUCCUCACACAGCUCGCUCUGCUCCCCCUCCCCUUGUCACAGCAGUGCCACUGCAAUGUCACCUGCUCUGCUCAGCUUCAUCCCACAGGAAGUCCACUCAGGCAUGGAUGUGGAGGGCUUUGCUCCCCUGCUCUUGGAUUCUACCAAAUCUUAGAAUGAGUGGGGACCUGCCCUUUGCCUCCAGUAGCUGGGAUCAGUUGAGGAUGAAAAUUUCUAUUCGUCUAGAAAGUGCAAUGGGAGCCAAGUUGUGGCAGUAUACAUCUGCAGUCCCAGCUAAGACAGGCAGGGUCACAGGUUUGAGACCAGACUUGGCUUCAUAGUGAGAUCCUCUUGCAAAAGGGGACGGCAGGGGUGGGAAUAGGGGCUCUUGGCAGAGUCCAUUUGGAAAAUUACAAAUCCAGUUGGAAAUAAGCUGUUCCCAGUGUGCUGUUUGUGACAGGCCAGCUGGAUUCCUGUACAGGGCAAGGGAGUGUAAAACUUUUUCUUUGAGCGCCUUAGCCUGACUGAUCCCAAUAAUUCAUACCUAUGUCCCUGUUUGUAGUACCAGAGUCAAAUGCCCACACUCCGUUUACAGUGAAAUGUUUUCAAGUGACCAAUGCCAGAAGUAGGCUUCUCCUGGCUUAAUUUUAUUAUAGGCUAGCAUCUAGCAUUUCAUAUUGCAUAACUGGAUACAAUAAGGAAAUCCCCCCUUAAAGAUUUCCAUAUGAUUGAUACUUUAAAUUAUUGCUACUCACAGCUUUCAUAGAAUCUUGGCCUUUAGCUUUAGCUGCAGCUUUUCCCAUCCUUGGGCUCAACUGCUCAAAAGCCAGCAUCACCAAAGCCUCGUAUUUCUAGAGGCAAAAUUGCUCAUCAGAUUUUCAGAUAAGUUGAAGUGGUUGGUAUGCAACUUGAAUAGUCAGGAGUAUAGGAAGAAUCGUGGGUGCUUUGCUCUGCUCCCCCUGAAUGAGGUCCCCUAACCUUUUCUGCUCAGACACUCUUACUGUGAUUUCUUCCUAAAGGGCAUUCCUUGGGCUGGAAGCUGCAGCUGCAAAGUGUGUUUCUCAUCUCCCUUGUCCACUGCUCCUACUUCUGGUUCCUGCCAGCCACAGCGACCCACUAUUUGCUCCUGAUGUCUGGGUCCCUGACCAGUGCUCCCUAUGUAUCUUCAGCAUUGGCCGAGUCAUACUCAGGCCCAAACGUGCAAUGAGAUCACCCUUUCCACAUCACUUCCUAAGUUUCUGGUAACCUUUUUGUGUGGGGUGUGUGAGGGUUUGGGACUCAGACCACUGGACUCUCAUUAAGUGUCUUUAAGUAGCUGGAGGAUGGGGUGUCACUUGUGGGCUGUAGUGUUAGAAAUGGAACAAAACCUAACUACCCUACCUGGGUCACUAACAUACAAGAAAUUGACAUCUGCAGCUUUUCUUUGCCAAGUAUAAUUUAGUUUGGUCUAUUCCUGAUCAUUAAGGAUCUUUUAACAUGUACUUGCCUAACCAGGAAGUAGAACAAAACAGCCAAGUAGGGACAGGUAGCCUCUGGGUGAGAUCUGUGCUGAGGAACAAGGGGCCUCCCACCAUUGCCAAAUACUAUUCUUGACAAGACUUGACAAAAAGAUCUUUCCCAUGGCGUUGUUCCAAAGCAUGCUCUCUCUAACUUAGACCAGCCAGUCUAAGCUGUGCUGAAUAUCUACAGCACUUACUUUCUGGGAGUUUGAAAUAUCUAUAGAAGUUCUUGAGAGCUCUAUGCAGAAGUGCUUGGACUAGUUUAAAUUGGCCGCUUGUUCUUUUCUGCAGGUCAACCUCUCAGACCCUCCUUCCCUUAGCCCCCACCUAGGAAUUGUAGCAAGGUUCCUAGAUAUCUGCCAGUCCAGUCUGGUAGGCAUGGGCAUGGGGGUGCAGGAGCUGCUGACAGCACCUAUCUUCCUGGUCAAACUCAGGAACUUCUGAACUAUGGGACUUCCCCUGGCUACACCACAAUCACUUUUUGAGACAGAUUCUAUAUACUCCUGGUUAUCCUGAAAUUGUAUAGACCAGGCUGGCCUCAAAAUCAGAAAUCCAGCACCUUCUGCCUCUGCUGUUAUUAAAGGCAGAGGACCAUGUCUAGCCUCCACAUUGAAAUCUUGACUUGCUCAGUCUUCCUUGAAUAAGUAAUCCUUCACAAAAUUCACACAUCACAAUAGUUGCCUUCCUUGCAAAACUAUCCCAUGAUCACUGGAUUCCUUUUUGUUUCUUUAGUCUCUUUUUAUGGGACUGUGUUGGGGUGGGGGGUUAUUUAUACAGAAAGCCAACCCAGAAGUGCAUCGUGUAUGAAAGGUCAGUCUGAAGUAGAGGUUUUUGUAUUUACAUUCCGUUUUAAAUGGCUUCCUUCACAGAUCCAUCCUGUACCCCUAAAACAGGAGAGCUGCUUUCCCUACCCUGUCCAGGAUGACAAAGCUUCCCCCAGCCCUAAACAAUCUCUCUAGGUGCCAGGACCAGCAGCAGCCACCUUCCUCCUCCUGAGUUGGUGCCAGUAUUUUUGGAGGCAGGAAAGCAUGUAUUAAGGUAAAGGUUUCCUAAGUCCCCAGGACUAACAGUCAUUAAGUGUCUGCAAAUGAGACAGAAAGCAGCAAAUACUCCCUACAGAAUUCUCCCACCCAACUUUCAUUUUUGCCCUCUCCCCUUCUAAGGUAAAAAUUAAAGCUGUCUACUACAGGCAGCCAGUGAGGGAGAAGGCAGACCUGUGCCUUGCUCUCCAGUAUCCACCACCCAAGGCCUUCCCCACUCACCUGCUUCCCUGCAGCCCAAGCAGCUCACCCAGGAUAAACAUUGACAAGUGGAGACCCACCCCUUUGGCACUUCAUGGAAUAUCUAGCCUGGUUAAUCUUCCCCUGCAGCUGUUAAGAACCUCCAGAGGGGCUGGAGAGAUGGUUCAGUGGCUAAGACACUGGCUACUCCUGCAAUGACCCAGGUUCAGUUCAUUAGAACCCACCUUGUGGCUCACAGCUUCAAUCUGUAACUUCAGUUCCAGAUUUGGCAUCUGAGUGUACCCUGUUCAAACAUGUACAUGCAAGGAAACACUCAUACACAUAAAAAUAAAUUUUUAUUUUUUAAAAAUUAUUUAAAAAUGGGGCCAUCAAAGUAUUUAACUUAAAUCUUUGAGGUAGGGACCUAAAAUGCCAGGUAAAGGUUUUUUAAACAAGACUGGGUUCACUAAAUUGAACACCUGUCAGCUUUCAGGUUCAGCUUUAGAAUCCAAAUUAUUUCAAGAUGCUUUUAUUCCAGUUAGUUCCAAAUUCUUAGUUCCUUUGUUCAUAGGAUCAGGGAACGCUACCCCUGCUGUUUCAAAGACCAGAUGUAGCUCAGAUCAUGACCUCACCAGUGUUAGGGGACUUGUGUGGUUGAAACCUCACUGUCCAUGCCUCUCUUAGGCUGUGGUGGAGGCUGUGACGGCUUAGAGCCAUUGCCUCUAGGUCUGCUGACCUGUGCAGGAAAGUGGAGGAGUGGCACUUUAGUCUUGUAGUUUAGCCCCAUGGGGCUCAUUUACUAGAUACAACUCCCUCAAAAAGGUUUAUGAAAUGCUGAGCCUCAGGUUUCAUAGACGUGUUUGUACACUAAGAAUUCUGCAGCAGAAUAUUUUUAAACAUUGGUUUUUGUAAGCUAUAUUUUUGUAUAUUUAAUUGCUAUUUUAAAACUUUAAUGCAUUUUUUGCUAAUCACUUGUUUAAAAAUAAAACAUGCAUGUAAUCGA